GUCAUCUUGCGCAGACAGCUGAUUUAGGAAUCAUCCGCUUCUUCCGUAACCUGCCACGGACUACAUGCUGACACAUAUUCUAUCAGGGAUAGUUUUAGUCAAGUAAAAACAGCCAUUAUGCUGCACAGGGAAAGAAUACCUCUGCUAUGGGUUUUGGCACAGGCUAUGCUCGUCGUGGCUUGGUGUUUCACUGACAUGGAUACGGGGCCUGGUGCAGGUGUAUCGACACAGUCGAACGGAGAUCGGUUUAAAAUCGAGGGAAGAGCAAUAGUUCCCGGAGUAAAGACUCAAGACUGGGUAUCAACAGCCAGAGUACUUGUUGAGGGUGAAGAAUAUGUUGGGUUUUUGAGAACUGAUGGGAGUUUUGCUGUGAACGACGUUCCUUCAGGAUCGUAUGUCGUGGAAGUCGUUACCCCCACAUACAGAUUUGAGCCUGUACGUGUUGAUAUAACAUCCAAGGGGAAGAUGAGGGCACGUCUUGUGAAUUACAUCAAGACUUCAGAGGUGAAUCGCCAGCCCUACCCUCUUCAGGUCAGGUCUUCCGGUCCUCACACCUACUUCAUGAAGAGAGAAACAUGGGGCUGGACUGACUUCCUCAUGAACCCAAUGGUCAUGAUGAUGGUCCUCCCUCUGCUGAUUAUAGUUUUGCUACCCAAGGUGGUCAAUACCAAUGACCCAGAGAUGAGAAAGGAAAUGGAGCAGUCCAUGAACAUGCUGAACCCCAAUCCAGAGCUUCCAGAUGUCUCCGAGCUCAUGACCAAGCUCUUCUCUGGCUCCAAAGGCCCCAGCAAGGCAGGCAGCAGCAGCAAGGGAACCAGGCCAGCGGUCAAGAGGAGGUAGUACCGCACCAGCCAGCAAAUAAACCCCACAGAAGCUUGAUCUAUUCUCUGGAAACAAGAUUUUUAAGUUGUGUUUUUUUUUCUCUCUGGGUCUGUUGUACAGAUUUCUUUAAUAGUUGAAGUUUUGAGCACAUCUUGAUUUCUGAUAUCCUACUAACAACUGAGCAAAUGGUUUAUUUCAUCCUGCUGCACUGAAGAAAAAAAAAAUUCUGCAUCUGCUCAAACAUGCUUCCUUAAUGUAACUCUUCAGCAGUCCUUCCUUUCCUCCCCCUCCGCUGUGUAUUUUUCCACUGCUGUUAAUGACAUUACCUUAACGAGAACUUAUACUUAUUAAGAGAUUUUCUUGUUUUGUCGAUAUCCCUGACACGACUGUGAAUGCAGAUAAAUUGAGUUUUAAGAGUGAUAAAUUCUUAUUUUAAAGCUUAGAUAAAUAAAUCGCAAUGGUAUAUAACAAAUGUGUUUUUAUUUCGGACCUCAUUUGUUUGAGAGUAAACUCAUGAACUCCUCAUUCUUUGAAUAAUUGUGAUGUACUAUAUGACUACAGGUCACAUACUGUACAUUCUGUGCCUGAGGUGUACAAACUGAAAUAGAUAUCCGACAGUUCAUCGAGUAAAAGAGCUGUGUGGGUGCUUUUAUGGUCUAAAUUGUUACAAGUUUUGCUUGAUUAAGAAAAGUAAGAAUAAAGUCAUCAUUAAAUUCAUUGAAUGAAAAUGUUUCUGUGUGAAGGAUCCUAAUUUUCUCACUGUUUGCCAACUGGAAGCCAGUAAUGAAUAGCAUCUGGGACUGGUAAGAUGAACACUUUGACUGUGAUUUUUAAAAAUCUUGGUGCUUCACAGUUUCUCUUAUUUAAUAAGAGAAAAAACUUGACCUCAAGUUCAGUGUUUGGUCUCUUCCUAGAUUUUAAUUAACUCUUACGUCUCCAGUCACU